GAACCUCAAUAUUCAGUUAUUCAAUACCGAUUCCCCACUCGGAGUAUCCGUUUUAAUCUUCUGCAAUGGCCGACGAAGCGAACAGAGCAGCUUUUCUAGAGAUUCAAGGUCGUAUGAUUGAGAUCACUGGAAAACUGAAGCAGGUACAGAACCAGAUGCGAAACAAGGAGGGAGAAAAAAAGCGUGCCUUUCUAACAUUGGAGGAGCUGCGACAAUUGUCUGAUGAUACAAAUACCUACAAAUCUAUAGGGAGAACGUUUGUGUUAGAACCCAAGUCAGUUUUAAUGAGUGAACAGGAACAAAAGCUGAAGGAUAGCGAAACUGCAAUUGCCUCAUUACAGACAUCAAAGGAAUAUUUAGAAAAGCAGAUGGUAGAGGUGGAGAACAACCUUAAGGAGCUCUUGGAGCAAGAUCCGGGUCUUGCUCGUCAGAUAAUGUCCAUGACUGUAAUGUAAAUCAUCCAUUUCUUAGAAUUUCUGCUGUGUGCUUUACAUUCCCCCCGUAAGUCUUUAUUGAAACCUGAAACCUCAAAUGGUAGGCCUAUUAUCCACACAUUAUUGCCUUUUUGCUUUGCCCUUUCCAACACUUGGCCAUGUGAAAUGGAGAUGAUUUAUUUUAUGGUUCAAAUUAGAUUUCAUAGAUUUAAUGGUA